GGCAAGAUGGCCAUCAUCCAGUCUUGCUGUUGCUGGAGGAGCCUGCGCCGCGGCUGCUACGCUUCGGCCUUGUACACUCUAGUAUACUUUUCGAUAACGAUCGUGACCAUGGGCCACUUUAUAGAGGUCGAACAACGGUACUUGAGCGGUGAGAUGACUAAUCCAGAAUCAGAAAGUUUUCUAGAGCCGGAGAAAAUAACACCAAUAACGGUGUCACUGAACAUAACACUCCUGGCUACCAGUACGCUCGGCCUCAUCUCUUGCUGCCUGCUCAUUCUCGGUAUUUAUAAAGACCUCAAAUUCAUGCUGCUUCCCUGGGUCGUGGCCAUGGUACUUGAAACCAUGGUGGAGAUGGUCAAUCUGGUCUAUCUCUUCUACUUACAAACGCUAAACUUCAACCCGGUCACUUCGUUCCUGUUUACGCUGGAUUUCUUUCUCAUCAUUCUUAAUAUCUACGCGAUCAUAUGCGUUAUAUCUCAGUUUCAAGAGUACUUGGCGGGCCGCGGGACCGCCGCUUUCGACUUCAAUGAUCGGCAACUAGCAUCAGUGCAAUACACCGCCACAGCUCAGCACACUACCACGACUAGUUCCGGCGGGCGGCGGCGCUCCGCUGGCCGCCCCAUGCCGAGCCGGUGCGACCCGGAGGAGUUCUCUGAAGCGCCCAAAUCUAUUGCGCGCGGGAGCCGACCGAUGCCGAGUCGACACGACCCAGAAGAAUUCUCAGAAGCACCCACAAAGGCUAUAACCUCGGUGCUGUCCAAGCCCAGCCGUUCGGCGGUCAAGAAACACGUGCAGUUUCCCGACGAGGCCAGCACCAUCGAGGAGGCGCCGGAGAUCGCCACGCCUCAAGAGGAAGCUGAGAAACCUGAAGCGCGCGUAAUCAGCUCCCUGUGGAUGGAGCUGGAGUCGGAAGCUCCCGCCCCGGAGCGCUGACGCCGGCGCAGCGAGCAGUUCCAUCGGCCGGUGUCGCGCGCGCGCCUGGAGCGCCGCAAGAUGUCCGCCGCCGGACUGCCGCCCGCCGACGACUUCUUGUAAACCCACCUUCCCGA